AUGAAUUCAUUGCAAUAAAAGUUGAAGCUUAAUAUUGGCACUCAAACCAAAACAGACAGUUCUUAACUGCCAGACAUUGUUUAAAAGAGUCCUAGAAUGGUCCUUCGGAAUUUACAGUCAACUAAAUUAAGGAGUCAAGAGUAUAUAAGCACAGAAAGAGUCCGAGAAAUGAAGGAUGCCAUUGUAUCUAAUCAUUCAAGAUAAACCUCAUUAUAAAAAAUGAAUUUGUCUCAAUGUAAAUUUAGGAUCAAUAAAUUGGCCAAUGAUGAUAAUCGUGUUUGUCUACCGAAUUUUAAAAAAUGGAAUAAGGAAAAGGCUAAAAAAAUGUUAUGCGAUUACAUAAAGUAAAACAAUAAGUAUUCUAAUAAAAUAAUUGUUAAAUUGCCUGAGUAUGAGAAAAGAGCUCCGUUUAUCACAGAGCAAUUUUCAUUCAUUGAGAAAAUACUGCCUCAGAAUUAAAAGUUCAGAAAGCAAUUAGGGUUUAGUGAAGAAAGCAUUUUGAGAAAUAAUUUAUUACUUGAAAAAAUGCUAUUAGAAAGAUUGCUAUGA